AUGGCCCCCUGGCAAAUAUGGCAUCGUCACAGCUCGCUUGACCACAUGGAUCACCAUGCUAUGAGCAUCGGAGCAAGAGGAGCCAACGUCAGCAACAGCACGCUCCAUCCCAUGCCACCGGUGGACCUCAUCCCGCUGUUGGAAGCGGUCGACGAGGAGGACGAGGAAGAGGAGGCCUGCAGUUUCUUUGCGCUACGGUCCGGCACAGCAGCAGAGUUCUCGGAUGCCCUCGCGGAUGCUCCCCAGCUGCUCCCAAAACUCGUCCCAGGCUUGUUGAGCUCCACCACCACCUCCUUGGGCUGCGGCAUCUCGAUGGCCGCCAGCAUGGGCUCCAGCAUCUCGCAGUUGUUGCGCUGGUCGUCGUCCAUGCGCUCCAUGUUGACGUCGCCCGUCUUGAACCGCAGCCUCUCGCGGCCCUGCGUCCCCGUCCACGGCUUCCACUCGGGCGUGUCCGCGGCCCUCAUCGGGUUCGGAUCGAGCGUCCGCACAAACGACGCCCAGUAG